AUGGUCCCGGGUUAUGAGAGCAGGUCCCAGAUGGGUUCCACUGCAGUGAACUCACUCCCUCUGGUGCUGAAGCUGCUUUGUGUGACGCAGGCCAGUGACCCACCUUCAUCUUCCUCCUACAGUAAGAUGGACGGAGUGCACUUCAAGCUCCUCUACCACGUGAGCAAUAUAGCAGGGAGGUUGAAGCCUACUGACACAGGAAGCCUGCUCCCUGCCCUCAACUACCUGUACUGCUGUCUGAGCCUGUCCCCUGCACACUGCACUGACACAGCUGUCUCCAUGCUGCUCUCCAACAGUGGACUGAUGGACCAGCUGCAGACAGUCCUCUCCUCCUCCUCCUCCUCCUCCUCCUCCUCCUCCUCUGCUCCAUCCCUCUCUCCAUCAGCCUGUCCUCCCUCAGCCCUGCUGUGCUGCAGCCAUCUACUCCUGUCCUCCCUCAUUACCUUGCAGCGCGUUCACUCUGCCCAGGUCCAAAAGAGUGUCAGUUGGAGUCUGGACGCAGCUGUGCAGCGACUUCUUGUUCAGAAAAGAAACACAGACAGUCUCUUGCUGGUCAGCUACCUGAGGUUGCUGCAGGUUCUACUUGAUGCUGACCUGGUAUCACCAGUGGUGUGUCUGAGCACUAGUCCUGGCAUGGUCGGGCCCAGACCCCUGGAGGUCGAAGACGGUGCUCUGUACCCGCUCGGCUGCAGAGGAGCUCAGUGCCUCUCAACUGCUCUCAGUGGACUUCUUUUGCAGAAGCAGGAGCUGUUGCUGAGAACCUCAGUCAACUGUCUAAGCUCCCUGCUGGGCUUCCUUCAGAGACAGAGUCCCAAUACAGCAAAGUUCGUGGUGUGUCAGCCAUGGACUCGAUUCCUCCUCUACUGCCUGCUCAGCUCAGAGGAGACCUGCCGUCUGCACCCUGCCAUUCUCAGACUCAACACAAUUCCCCCAAGGAGAGCCAUCCUGCUCAUUUGA